AUUGUCUGUUUGGUAAAGAGUAAGUUAAGAAUCUUACAUUUUUAACUUCCUGGGUAUUAAAAUACAAUCUUUAAGAUGGAAUGUUUCCUGCCUUUUACUAUGUUGUUUACGGCUGGGCCAGCAUGCUAAAUUAGUUGCCUAGGUUACAAACUACUUAAUUAGGGCCGGAAGGAGAAAAAAAACAGCACAUAAGUAAAGGUAAAUAAAGUAAGCUGGGCCUGCAUGAUUAACAAUAAAGACAUAGGUUAUGCUGAGGUACUCCUUUUUCUGGGGAAUAUUCGAACAUUCCAGGCCAAGUUGCUGCUGGCUUUUUUAACUUUAAUUGAUUAAUUUUGGGACUAAAGUUUUAGUGGACUUUUCUGGCCUUUUUCUCUUUCCACCCCGCUCAUAUCUAUUUUCCUGCCUAACAAAAGUUUUUUAAUUUUUAAAGUUAUAUAUUACAUAGUAAAAUCUGUUCUGAGAUAAAAUUAAAGACCUGGAUUGGUGGAGAGAUUUAGUAUUUUUAGGUUAGGAGGACACACAGUAUUUCAAAAAUAACAAUUCUGCCCUAAUAAAUGGGUAGGCUUAACAGUUUUGACCAGAGUACUAAAAGAACUUCUUUCUUGCAACAAGACAUGAUUUAUAACUUCAAGAAUGAAUGGUAAUAAUAGAAAUUAUUUGAAAAUAAUUAAGAUGUAGGAACACUGCCAAGUGUUAAAAUAUUUUUCAACAUUUCAAAUAAUUCACAUAACACUUCUGCACUACACACAGAUUGAUCAGCACAGCAAUAAAAUCUCAGGAAUUAAUUUUAAGAGAAAAAUUCAAUGUAUAAUCAAGUUCCUCAAACCAGUAGGAAUAUUUAAUAUGUUAUACUGAUUAGCCAGCUAGUUAAUUUUUCAAAAGUUCAUUCGCUUUACAAGAAGGAUUAUUUUAGGGUAAAAAUUUUUAAAUGGUUCUAUCCUGCUGUUGAAAUGAAAAUUGGUACACCUUCUGUGGAAAUUUAGCAAUAUACCUGAAAGAUCUUAAAAUUUUCUAUUUUAUUUAGCACAUUCUUAUUCUAUUUCUGGGAAGUUAUUUCACGUGAUAUAUUUCUCCCGCAGAUUAAGGAGAAAAACUACAAAAUGGUAUAGUUUUAUACAAAUAGUUAGAGAAAAAAAUACAUGUAUACAUGUAGAGAUAAAAGCAGAAUAUUGUAUUCUCUUUACAUUUUUAUGUAUUUUCUGCAAUGUUUAAGUUUCGCUGUUUUAUGAGGAUGGGUCGCCAGACACAUUACAAGAGAAGAGAGGCAGGAAAAUAGGUAUUAAGAAUUCAAAAGAAUUAACUGAAAGAACAAAAGGGAGUAGCAUAGGACGCUUGUUUCACUUUAGGUUCCCUUCCCCAAACUAGAGGCACUUCCCGCCACAGCUCUUAAGUUUUCACUCUGGUCCGCAGAGGUUACCCAUAAAAAGGAGAUAAUCUGAGGGGGUGGGCUCUUUUUGAUUUUCAACUUCUUGAAAAUGUCUGGACGCGGGAAGGGCGGAAAGGGCCUGGGCAAAGGCGGCGCCAAGCGCCACCGCAAGGUCCUGCGGGACAACAUCCAGGGCAUCACCAAACCCGCCAUCCGCCGCCUUGCCCGGCGCGGAGGGGUCAAGCGCAUCUCUGGCCUCAUCUACGAGGAGACCCGCGGGGUGCUGAAGGUGUUCCUGGAGAACGUGAUCCGGGACGCCGUCACCUACACCGAGCACGCCAAGCGCAAGACGGUCACGGCCAUGGACGUGGUCUACGCGCUCAAGCGCCAGGGCCGCACUCUGUACGGCUUUGGCGGCUAACGUAAUUUGGAAUAACGUCAUUUGCUAAAAAAAAAAAAAAGGCCCUUUUAAGGGCCCCCAAAACUUUCAUUGAAAGAGCUGGAGUGAUUGUCAGAAAACAAGUGUUUAGUAAAUCAUUAAUUUGGUUCAGGUGUGCUCUGGGUAGGGUGUUACACAGGGUGUUAUAUUUGGGCGGCUCGUGGUAUUGGCUCCGGGCCAAGACUCCCAGGCCUGUGGGGAACCAGAGCUCCGCGAGUCAGCGGCCCUUCUCUGGGUGCAGGCUGAAUUCAACUUCUCUGGCUUAUUAAUUUGGGGUCAUCGUCCUAAUAAAUAAGAGUCUACCUGAGACCAAGAGUACUCUGUCCAACAAUCUCCC